CAGUUUUUUUAUUAUUCUUUUUUUUUUUUUUUUUUUGAGGAAUCCUUUGGGAAGCGCCUCUCUCUGCCGAAUGAGUGCAGCUAGUUCCGAGGCGCGCCAUGUCCCGCUGCCGGACCCGAGCGGACCAUGACGCUAUGGCAUAGCCUGACCACUUGUUUGAUUGUGCUCGGAGUCGUGCACGCCGACCCGGGACCGCCGGGGUUGGUGCUCGUCGCAGAGGAGAGGCCCCUGGAGAGCCCGCCGCUCCGGUUUCGCCUGUCAUUCACUUCGCAGGGAAUCAGUGAGAGCCAAGAGGACGUGGACCACCAGACAGACGCUUACAUUAUGGAGGAGGCUAUCCCAGCUGACUUUGACGAGGUGGCGGAUUUGGUCAAGGUGACCGUGAGCAGAAUACGGGGAUCACCCAGCGAGUCCUCCCUGCCUCAGCGGAUCCCCCAGUCUGAUCAGAACCGGAGGAACAGGUCCAGACGGGAGAGGACGAACGGGUCGAGCCGGAAAAGGAUCCCGGGAACAAAGGCACGGAAGGCAGGCGGCGGGCGAGCAAAGGGCUGCUCGCUCCAGCAGGUCCACCUCAAUGUGACCGACCUGGGCCUGGGCUACCAUUCGGGCGAGGAGAUGAUCUUCAGGUACUGCGCAGGACCCUGCAGGAAGUCGGAGACGAACUACGACAAGAUCCUGCGCCACCUGGCCCGCCACGGGAGGUUGCCGGCCAAGGACGCGCCCCCGCAGGCCUGUUGCCGCCCGGUGGCAUUUGACGACAACCUGUCCUUUCUGGAUGAUAACCUGGUCUACCACACCCUCAGGAAGCACUCGGCUAGAAAAUGUGCUUGUGUCUGAUCAACUUUUUUCAUACAGCAUCAACCAUGUAUUUGAUUGACAAUCCACACCUUCUCCUUCAUGUAUGACUCAGACACGAAAGAGGUUUCUACACUCUCUCUGUGUCGACAGUAUAGCAUCUAUGGCACGGUCCAAUGGAAAAAAAUAUCUCCAAAUUUCCAUGUGUAGUUAUUUGAUGAUCCAGAUAAACUAAGAUGGAAAGGAUGGAACUCAUGCACAAUAUGUCCAAAUUUUGUGGAGGGCUGGGUGAAGUUGGGGUUCAGUCCAAGGAAUAUCGGAUGCUUUUUUUAUCCAAUUGACCAAUUGGGUGCUUUCGGGCAGGAGGCAGGGUACACCCUGAACUGGUUGCCACCCAACCG